AUGGCGAAUUGGGCGGACCUCCCAGCAGACAUGAUCUCUGAGCUUACCUUUUACUUGAAAGGGGAUGAAUACGAUCGUUUUCGAGCCGUUUGCAAGGGUUGGAGAGAAAGAACAGAAGAGCGUGCCCCGCAACUUAUUCUGAUGAAUUUCGCUGAGAAUGACAAUACGAUAAAUGCUUUAGCGUUCUUUGAUAUUGUAUGCAAAAUAGUAAAACCCGUUUCGCCCUCUGUUUUCCGAGCAGUACAAGGUUCCCAUUACAUGGGUUCUUCGCACGGUUGGUUGUUUCUUGGCAGGUAUUUGGACGGAAAUUUACAUGUUUCGCUCCUCGACCCUUUUGCUCGUAAGGAGUCUUUGAUCACUCUCCCUCCUCUUGGCCAUCAACCUCAAGGAUGUGUAGCCGGCCGUAUCUUAGUGUCUCAGCAGCCGAGUUCUAUUCAACUCAAGAACCACAAUUUGGUUGUGGUUUAUUGCAGUCGUGAUGUCAAUGGUGACAUUUCUUCUCGUAUGAGGUUUAUCAAGCCUGUUCAAGAAAGGGUCUGGGGCUCUGUUUGGUUAGGAAAACCACCCAGUGACAUUUUAAGUAUGGAUGGAGGAUUCUAUGUAAAUUUCGAUGGCGUGCUUUCACUAGUGGAUAUAGAGAACGAGGAUGUUCUUGAAAAAUGCCUAUCACUACCCGGCCUCUCUCGGGAACUAUCGUCUGAUCCAAGCCUCUCACUGAGGAAACGAAGAGGAGCUUGGGUUCCUGUUCAUAACUAUCACCCUUCGGGGCUGCUAGUGAAGAUGUCAUACUUCUGGUGUAAUAGAUCAACGAGAUAUAUUCCAGUUGGAUGGAUAGCAUCAGCUUGA